UCUCCUUUGACAGGGUCUAUGUCCCUUCAUAUAAAUACACCACCUUCCAUGGAAGGAAACCAUAGCAACUAAACCACCAACUGCCAUCUAUUUCCUUGCCCACAACCCACAAGACUCUGCUAAAACAACUAACUAAGGAAGAUAUGGGUCGGAAGAGAAAGGGUGGUGGUGAAGCUGUGGAGGACAAAAACUCUACUGAAGCAACCGUGGCCUGGGAUGAGAUGGUCAAGGAAGGUGCACUAGGAGGUGUCAGGAGAGUUAGGAAGCGAUUUGUCGGUGUCCGGCAAAGGCCUUCAGGCAGAUGGGUUGCUGAGAUUAAGGACACCAUUCAAAAAAUACGGGUGCGGUUAGGUACCUUUGAUACUGCUGAGGAAGCAGCAAGAGCUUAUGAUGAAGCUGCUUGUUUGCUUCGUGGUGCCAAUACAAGAACAAAUUUCUGGCCUUGUUCUUCAUCUUCUUCAACAACUCCAGCUCUCCCUUCAAAGAUUACGAAUCUUCUUCUCCAAAGGCUCAAAGCUAGUCCCCCUUCUGUGCCCCCUUCUCUUCCCAUCAAUCUGCAAGAACUGCAAGAAGUGGAAGAAUAUAGAGAAGAAACAGCAGAUUUUUCAGACACCCAAUUCACUGAUUUCCUCAAUGAUCCUGAAGAUUACACCACUUGCAGCAACGAUAACAUUAAUACUACUAGUUCAAGUGCUGUUGAUUACAUGGAAAGAAGUCUCGAGCCAUGUUUAACUGAGAAAGAAGAUAAUGGAGGGAGAGAAUUGGAUUUUGAGUACUGUAACUGGCAUGAUAUAGCAGAGUCUUGUAGCUUUAAUGUUAACAACUCAGAAGAUGAAGGCGAAGAAGAUGAGGAAGAAGACGAAGGAGAAGGGAUCGAUAUGGGUGCCUUAGAUUUCCAUUUUGUUGAUGAUGUUGAAUCAUCUUGUUACUACUCUCCUUUCGAAAUUGCAGAAGAGAUUGAUGAGCCAGUGGAGCCAGUGACCUUUGGAGAUGAGUGUUCAAUGCUUAGAGCAGCCAUGAAGAGGAUGAAAUAUGAAAGAAAAUUCUCUGCUUCUCUUUAUGCCUUCAAUGGGAUUCCUGAGUGCAUAAGGUUGAAGCUCGAAUCAGGAAAUGUGAAGGGAAGAGAAAGGUCUGCUCAAUUGACCAAUCUUCGAGACGCAUGUGGCAAGAUCAAAGAGAAGGAGAGGAAAGCAAAAGAAGAGAAUUUGGAAGUAAUGGAGAAGAAACAGGAGAACUCACAAAGCUCCUCAAUUAAAAUGGAGGCUUCUGCUUCAUCAUCUUCUUUGAGCAAUGAUGGUGAAUUGUCGCUUUGGAAUUCCCUUGAUCUUCCACCAAUAUGCUUUGUUAACUAAUUUCAUACUCUGAGAUUCACAAGUCAACCACACAUAGUUGAAUCGAUAUCAGGCAAUUCUAAUCUUUAGUUAUAUAUAUGUAAAUGUUGAGAAACAUCCAUACAUGAUUUACCAUCACGAUAUAGCUGAAACCAUACACAACUACUUGAUCUUAGUUAAAGAUUCUUUAUU